AUGCCCGUGGAAAAGGCCAUCACGUCCCCACCUCCACCCUCGAGUCCGACUCUACCAUGGCGGGCCACUUCUACUGUGGUCAUGGGCAUGACCGCCGUCAUUUCGAGAGCGUUUUUGUAUGGCCUUAAUAAGACUGAAACGAUAGGGUUGGAUCGCUUUUUGGAAAUAUUGGAUGCGAGGAAGGAUGUGCAAAACAGGGAAAGAGGGUUGAUUACUGUCUCAAACCAUGUUAGCGUCGUCGAUGAUCCCUUAGUAUGGGGCGUGCUGCCGAUCAGAUACGCGCUCAACCCCUCGAACCAUAGAUGGAGCUUGGGAAGUUAUGAUAUAUGCUUUACCAACAAAAUCCUCUCAAAAUUCUUUACGCUCGGUCAAGUCUUACCCACCCAUCGAAGCCAGCACUCGUCUUUCGGUGGACUCUUUCAACCUACCAUUACUCAAUCCAUCCGACUACUAUCUUCUCCACCAUUUCCUAAGACCUACUCCGCUGUACCAUCCUCACGUCCUUCUACAGUCUCCGAAUCAACGCCAUUAUUAGCAGACGACCCAUUCUCUUCUGGCUCCCUUACAUACUCUACAAAUGGUACAGAUUCCUUUCCAGCCCCAUCCGCAUAUGAGGCGAACAGGCACGCGUGGGUACAUAUUUUUCCAGAAGGUCGAAUACACCAACAUCCGAAAAAGUCAUUACGUUAUUUCAAAUGGGGUAUCUCGCGACUCAUACUCGAAUCAGAACCUCUGCCAGACAUAGUGCCGAUGUUUAUUGAUGGAAAUCAGGAUAUCAUGCACGAGUCGAGAGAAUUUCCCAGAUUUUUGCCUAGAAUAGGAAAGAAUGUUCGAGUUGCAUUUGGCGAAAAGGUUGAUGGGGAGAAAGUGUUUGGGGAGUUGAGAGCGAAGUGGAAGAAUCUUGUUCAAUUACAAAAAGAAGCGUUGAUCAAGAAAGGGGCGUUGAUGGAUAUGGAAAUGGGCGAUCUUACAGAAGGUCUGAAGCAUUCGAAAGAAGCGCAAGCAUUACGAGAAGAAGUUACCCUUCGGAUUCGAAAGGAAGUCCUAAAGGUCAGGGCAAGUCUGGGAUUGCCUGACGAAGAUCCAAAACAAGGUCUUGUCGAAACUUGGAUCGAGGAAGGUCCGAAGAGGACUGGACAGAUGGAUGAUGGAAGUUUUGUUGGCGAAACUUAA